UAAACAGUCAUAGUGAGUUAAUUGGGUCUUGUUCUUCAUCACCUAGGCAGGCGUCAAAUAAGUAGGACAUGAUGGUGAAUGAAAUGGUUGAUGAUGAACCAAAAUCCCUAGGAAGGUGUUCUGUGUUUACUUAUGCUGUGGGACACAUGCUGAAUGAUAUAACAUCUUCCUGUUGGUAUACAUAUCUCUUGCUCUACUUGACAGAUAUUGGAUUGUCCCCAAGCAAUGCCGCAACAGUCACACUUACUGGUCAGUUUGCUGAUGCAUUUACGACCAUAAUAGCUGGUGAACUGAUAGACAGGUUUGGUCAUUUCAAAAUAUGGCAUGGCAUGGGAUGCCUGUUAGUUGCUCUAUCGUUUACAUCACUCUUCGGUGGUUGCCUCCCUUGCAAAAUUCUUGGGUCUGAUUCACCUGUCGUUCAAACCGCUGGUUACUGCAUAUCUUCUGUGAUUUUCUGCAGUGGAUGGUCUUGCACUCAGAUAUCACACAUGUCAAUGGUGAAUGGAGUCACACUAAACCCAACAAGCAGAGUAGCCUGUGUUAGCUGUCGCAAUGCUUUUACUAUGAUUGCAAGCCUAAUCUUAUAUGUGAUCGUAUUUUUCGUCUUCAAUAAGGAAACUUCUAGUUCACAGGUUGACAUUAAGAAUCAGUACCAAUUGAUGGUUUAUAUUUCGAUUUUCAUUGGAGCAGUCUUCGUGAUUAUAUUUCAGCUUGGAACUAAAGAACCGAGUUUAAAACAAGAAUCUAAUGGGAAACGUGCUACAGCUUCGUGGACAUACUGGUUGAAGAAAGUCCUAUAUUACCAAGUACUUAGCAUCUAUGUGUUAACUCGAGUUGUGACUAAUGUCUCUCAGACCUUCUUAGCUGUUUACGUUAUCAAUGAUCUACGGAUGAGCCCAUCUUCAAAAGCCUUGAUUCCUGCCAUCAUCUACUUAUCAAGCUUCGUUGCGUCUGUCCUCCUGCAGGAGCUCAAAUGGAGUGGUGAACGGUUGAAGGCCUUCUUUUCCGCUGGGGGUCUCCUUUGGCUAUUUUGUGGAGCUGUAGUAAUUUUCCUCCCAAUAAACAUGCAUGCUUUUAUGUAUGUCUUGUCCAUACUUAUUGGCAUAGCAAACGCGUUGAUGAUGGUAACAGCAAUAGGAAUGGAAAGCGAGCUAGUUGAUGAAGAUCUUGAUGGAUCUGCUUUUGUUUAUGGAUCAUUGGGCUUUAUUGACAAAGUUUUAUGUGGAGUGUUUUUGUACUUUCUUGAGUCUUAUGAGAGUGCAGAUCCUGUUCCCUGUGACCUAACAUAUCCUUGUUUCUCCGUUACACGAUUUUCUCUAGGUUUCAUUCCAGGGAUUUCUGCUUUAAUUGGAGUCGUAGUCGCAUUCUUCAUAAGGUUCCACACACCCAAUCCUAAGACACUGAGAGAACCCUUCUUGGCAUAGCUCUCAAGGACUAAACGUGCAAU